AUGCCGCACUUGUACUUCUUGGCGCUGGUGUGCACCAUCUGGUGGAAGCGCAGCGUGUCCUUGCUCUUGAACUCCUUCCCGCAGGUGGCGCAGCUGAAGGGCCUCUCCUCGGAGUGCACGGCCAUGUGGCAGCGCAGCUGCACCGAGGUCUUGCAGGUCUUGUCGCAGAGCUGGCACUUGAGCAUCUGCUUCCACUUCUCGUGGCGCAGCAGGUGGUUCUCCAGGGACCGCUGCACCCGGAAGGUCUUCCCGCACUGGUCGCAGGCGAAGGGCUUGGGCGGCUUGGCCUUCUGGUGGCGCUUGAGGUGGUUCUGGAGCGACUGCUCCCUCCGGAAGGACCUCUUGCAGCGCGGGCAGGGGAAGGGCAGCGGCGCCUUGCCGGACUCGUGCCGCAGCAGGUGGCCGUCCAGGGACGCCCGGUCCAGGAAGCUGCGGCCGCAGCGCUCGCAGGGGAAGGCCUUCUUGUGGGUCUUCACGUGCUUCUUCAGCUCGCCUUUCCAGUGGAAGCCCGAGUCGCAGUGCUCGCAGAAGAACCUCUUCCCCGUCUGGGACUCCCGGUUGCGCAGGUCUAAACCACUGACUGGGGCGGAGUCAGGAGGCGGGGCUUCUUGGGGAGAGGACUCCGGGGAGGCUGCCGGUUGGAGGACGAACGCCGGCGUUUCAGGGACGCCGGGCGAGGGCGCCGCCUCCGAGCCGGCGGCCAAUGAGACGGACACGGAGGGCGGCGGCGAGCAGGGGACGGCCUCACAGCUUCCUGCUGGCGGCCCGGGGGGGGUGAGGGUGGGGGCCCUCUCCUCCGGGGGCCGGACCGGGUCAUCGGCUGAGGCCGCUCCUGGAUCUUAG